AUGUCGGGCAGCGGGGGAUCGCUGGGCGGAUUAGGGGGAGGCGUGAGCAGCGGAUUCGUGGCGGGAGGAAGGCGGUGGGAGGAUCUGCGGAAAGAUGCGCGCCGAGUGGAGAGCGAGGUGGACCACCGCCUGGCAGCCUACUCCAAGCUCGGCGCCGCCUUUGCGCUCGCCUCCUCCUCCACCGCCGCCGGCUCGCUGCCUGACCCCUCCGAAGCACAGAUUCGUGAGGGCGAGAUAGAGGCGCUGCUGCAGCAGCUGGCGUCACUGAACGAUGCCAUGGGCGCGUGUGCUGCUGCGGGAGGGGCAGGAGGGGGCAGCUCAGAGCUGCAGGCGCACACUCUCACCCGCCACAACAACAUCCUGCUGGAGUUCUCAAGGGAGUUCGCUCGCACGCGGGCAGCAGUGACCACCAACCUGGAGCGAGCGCAGCUGCUGGGUGUGUUCGGCAAGGCGGGUGGCAGGGAGGGGGGUGGCACGGGCAGCAGUGCGGGCGCGGAGGUGCUGUCUGAAACGGCCAGACUGCUCAAUGAACGCAACUCCAUCCACUCCGCUCUCUCUCAGGCUGAUGACGUCAUCAAGCAAGCAUAUGCCACGUCAUCAUCUCUGGCACAGCAGCGCUCGCUCCUGGGAGGCACAUUUUCUAAAGUCACACUCUUGGGCAACCGAAUUCCAGGGCUGAACACGCUGCUAUCAGCCAUCAGGAGGAAGAAGUCACGUGACUCACUCAUUCUCGCUGCUGUCAUCGCUGCCUGCACGCUCUUCCUCCUCGUCUAUUGGCUCAACAAGUAG